AACGACGACCGGCCCCGUUCAUUCAGUCUUUGGCGAGAUUUUAUCGAGUGCGGACGUGUCUGCGGCUGACUGGCGAACUUGAAUACGAAUCCGAAUCCGAAAUCGAGCACCAAGCCCCGAAUUCCGAGACCAAGUACGCUCGAUACUCACGCGAAUCUCUAGAUGCAUUUGGUAUCCAACGUUUGGCGCCACAAACGAAAGACUUUCGAGACUCUGAUUCGAUUCACUUGUAUUUCGCUAAAAGUGACAACUACAAAAGCAUAAAACAAUAUGAGUGCCACCUGGAUGGGAGCCCGGACCAUGGCCUGGCUGCUUGGGUUCUGCUGCCUUUUGUGCCUAGCUGCCAUGGCUUCAGGAGCGGGAUCGGCGGCGGGAGCAUCGCCAACUCUGGCCAAGGAUGUGGCACAUGUGCACAAGAUCAAGAGGCAGGAGAGGCGCCACGGAACGAGUCCUCUGACGGCCAUCAAGAAGCCCAAGCAGCUGGUCAGAAGUGCUCACGGCCUGAACAAGAAGCUGCUCAGCCAGAUGGGCUUCAUGAAGGUGAAGGCGCCCAACAGCCACAACAGGAAGCGCCUGGCGGUUGAGUCACGCCGCCACGCCUCGCGCGAUGAUUCACACAUGUUCAUCAUCAAAUUGCCGCCAAAUAUGCACUACUAUGCAGGACCCGCUGCGAAGAAUGCGCUGACGGAUCACCCGGCCAGCGACAAGUCGGGUGAUGUUGCUGGUGCUGGUGGCAACGCACCCAACAAGAUGGCAGCAGCAGCAACAUCGGCCACACGAGCAACAUCAACCACAUCGGUCGCUGAGGCGUCGGCGUUGAAAGCUAACGGGAAAAAGGUCUCGUUUCCCUUCAGCUCCAACGGUCGGCCGGGCCGCAUCUACCACUGGAACCUGCCGGUCCUGAAGCAGGCUCUGGCUAAGAAGCCGCACUUUGCCCACGUCUCCGCAGCGGAUCGCAACAGGCUGCUGGACAUCGAGAGCGUGCCCACCUGGCGCCAGCCCUGGGAGAACGAGACCGCUGAAAAAGGUUUCAGUGCGGGCAGCGGCAAGUCCAAGUACCGCAAAUCCCUGAAGCCCAAGUCACCCACAUACUACGCUCCCUCGCAGGCGGUCAGUAAGCAGAGUUUCCACAAGUACUUUGCGGGGAACGGCAAGCCAAAGGGCUUCUACGUCAUCAAGGAGCAUCAGAGCAAGCCGCAGUUCUACCAGAACAUCAUCUCGUAAUUCGGUUAGGUCGCCAUUCGAAAUACCUUCAAAAGACUGCGCGGUGCAGGGAGUUCUAUUUCUACAACAUUUUUCAGGGGCCAUCUGUCCCCUCUUCCGUCCAGUUUCGGCUUGGAACAAUUUCCGAGCUAUAACCGACCACUUGUAAGGACUGUGAAACAGUUUUGGGGUCAAGUCUAUUUUUAUAAAACGGCAAUGAAUACAAUAACAGAGUUGGGCUGGUUCAAGGAGGAUCAUAUCGACACGGAAAAUAAGUAAAGGUUAAUCGGAUUAAAUUAAUAACAAAAAUAUCUUUGAUAAAAUAUUUUUAUAUAAAGUUAAAAUUUUAACCCAAAUGACAAUAGCUAAAAUCAAUCUUUAAAGAUUUCACAUUAAUAAUCUUAAAAUACACUUCAAUCAAGACAUAUCCUGUGAAUCGAAUCCGCUGGCAAUGAGAAUAAUCCCUCUGGAAGACCAGCCCAAACUGCAUUUUAGCUAAGCAUCUACGGCAUGGCAAUAAAUUAUGGCAAAUAUCGAGCUAGGUUUAAGUGCAUGAACGAUUUUGUUUUGAUAAAUAAAUAUUGACUGAUUUUUAAAUGCAAUCCUCCU